AUGGCAGAUCAUCAGAAAGUUCAUCCUCUGAAUACGAGUAGUAGCCAUGAUCAUCAACGAUCAGAUGUUGAAGCACCACAGGCUCCCACAGUUCCAUUAGUUCCCCGAGGCUCCUCCAAGUCUGAUAAUGGCGAUCCAUCUUCACAUGACCAGCAGUACUACCCACCUUUUCAGCGCACAAUCCCGUUCUCCAUCGAUAGCUUGCAAAUUACCCGAUUCAAUCUCUCUAACAAUUCCAGCUUAUCUGCCGCCUUCGAUGUCACCAUCACUGCUAGGAAUCCCAACAAGAAAGUGGGCAUCUACUACGAGGGAGGGAGCCAUAUAAGUGUGUGGUACACAGGCACAAAUCUAUGUCAAGGUUCGCUGCCAAAAUUCUACCAGGGUCACAGAAACACCACCGUGCUUAAUGUGUUGUUAUCAGGACAAACAAAUGAUGGCAAUACAUUGCUCACUUCAUUGCAACAGCAACAGCAGCAGACUGGAAUCAUUCCUCUGAACCUCAGGGCUACCCAGCCUGUGAGAAUCAAGCUUGGCAAGUUGAAGCUCAUGAAGGUGAAGUUUAGGGUCAGAUGCAAGCUAGAUGUCGACAGCUUAGCUGCCAAUAACGCCAUUAAUAUUAGAAAUAGUAGCU